AUGCCGCCACCCGAAAAUGCAAACGCGACUGCGCCGCCUGGAUCUGACGACUCGACCGGCUACGGCUUGCAGCGGAUGCUCAAUUUGCCGACAGAGCUACGCUGCUGCAUACUAGAGCUCCUCAUCAAGGACGAGCACUUCGAAGCCUACUACACACUUCUCGAGCAUCCAGAGAUGCGCGAUUUGGUCCGCUGCAACUUUGCUGCGCAGUUCAAAGCGAUCAAACAGCACCGCUAUCUCGCUAGCCAGCUUCAGCAUAUCCUAACAACUACGGCCUUACUUUCGACGCAUACAAACCGCCCGCGCUCAAGCGAGCAGCUAGCUGAGUUCUUGAACAGCAAUCUACACGAUGAAAACCUGCGUAUAUCAGUGGAUAGCCCUGAUCAUGCUGUCGGCAUGCUCGCCGAGUACCAAGCACUCUUAAUCGACGCGGAUAUCCUUACAGAUCAUAGCUCGGUGGACCUCAUCCGAUCAGUCUCACUAUGGUACCGAUACCCUGUCUGA